AUUCAUAACGUGAGCAUUAAGUGCUAAGUUCUGUGUUUAAUUAAUCAUGUUUUCCAAAGUACUGACGUUAUUCGCGGUGGUGUCUGCCUGCCAGGCAAUAUUCCCACUCCACCACCACCAUCACCACCACCCAGCCAUUUCCCACCAGGAGAUACACAAACACGACGGUCCACACCACCCCAUCCCCAUUCACCACCACGUACCCAUCCCAAUCCACCACCACGUGCCACUGCUUCACCAUCACGUACCUCAACCCCUCCCCAUUCACCACAUUCCUCAUAUUCCUCACCAUGAUCACUAUGCAUUCCCCGAAUACAAAUUUGCGUACUCCGUGCACGACCACCACACUGGUGACGUGAAGUCACAGCACGAGCUUCGUCACGGAGACAUUGUGAAGGGAGGCUAUGAGCUCGUCGAACCUGACGGCAGAUUCAGGAAGGUGGAGUACAAGGCUGAUGACCACACCGGUUUCAACGCCAUCGUCCAUCACUCGUCGCCUCAUCAUCAUGUUCAUCUUGCCCAUCACCACCACCUUUGAACGUGACGUCACUCCUACAACCACCACUGAAUGCUGCUCAAACAAGACUGACUCGAUAUCUGUUGUAAUUGUUAAUGCAAAAUGCUGCUUUCGUACGCAAAUUAA